UAUAGGUCCCGUUGCGGUCUUCCUCGUUCGUUCAGUUGGCCGCGAUCACCGGCGAUCUAUGAAUAGAUCCGGGGAUCUUCGACUACCAUUUUGAUUUCGCGUCAACCAAAGAUCGAUCGACGUAGACGAAGAGCACGUGAAACGUCUGUGAGCAAACAAUGACAAGGUCGUCGAUCGAUCGAGGAUUCAGAGAAGAGAAAGUUCGUCGGCGGAGCGCACGGGGUUGGGACCCAUGCUGAUCGUGAUGCCGCUUGUCGAUGGGAGUCACCUGAGACUGCGUACCGUCCACAAGGAUGAAGAACAGCAAAUCGAUGAUGGACAUCGAGGACAUCUGCGGAUGCUCGAGAUUGCCCUCGAUCAUAUUGAGGAAGGAGCUGCCGUAUCUCAACUCCACUUCCGCUGCCUUUAUGCAUGUGCGGGACAACCUGGAGGAGCUGGGCAAAGUGGCCGACGACACAGACCUGCUGUUCCUCAAAGGUCUCUUGGACAGUCCCGUAGUUACGUCUCUAGUGAAGGUCCAGGAGCGUCUGGAGGAUCCACCGCUCCACGUGGAACCGGUAUGCUUGUCCGUCUGUGAUAUCGUCGACGAGGUUUGCCACGCGCUCCGCUCCUCGAGGGACGAGAACGCGCGCGAGCUUGUGCGAUUGCUGAGAAGCUCGCAUUUGAAAGCGCUUCUUGAGACGCACGACGCGGUCGUCGAACGGAAGGAAUCGCCACCGAAGCCGGAGCAACCGCCGCCGACUAUGCCCACCAACGAGAGGACGGAGGCUGUCAGAAUGGUUGGCCUCAGGAGGCAACCUAACGAACCCUUAGGUUUGACGGUGCAAGUCGACGAAUCUGGCAACUUAAUUAUCGCCAGGAUCCUGGGAGGAAGUACAGCUGCGAAGCAAGGACUUCUGAGGACAGGCGAAGUGAUCCUCGAGGUGAACGGAAAGGAUGUGCAUAACCCGGAGGAACUUCAGGAAGCCAUUCACGACGCGAAGGAGAAUUUGACGCUGAAAUUGGCACCUGGAAUUGCGAACGAUGCCAAUCGACCUGUGAAAUCCACGGUGAGUCGUUUAUUAAAAUCAUGAUUACGAUAUUCGACGUGUUAGUUGAGAGCGCUAUUCGAUUACGAUCCGUCGGAGGACACGCUGUUACCCUGCAGGGAAAUCGGACUUCCGUUUCAAAAGGGUGACGUGCUGCAAAUCGUGGACCAGGCGGACCCGAACUGGUGGCAAGCAAGGCGAGUAGAGGGCGAAGGCCUAGGCUCGCCCGGGCUAAUCCCGUCGUUAGAGCUCGAAGAGCGACGGAAAGCGUUCGUUCCGCCGGAAGCGGACUUCGUACAUAAAAUAAGUAUCUGUGGGACCAAGAUCUCCAAGAAGAAGAAGAGGAAAAUGUACCAAUCGAAGUCGAACGGUGAAUUCGACAGCGCGGAGUUGCUGUUAUACGAGGAAGUGGCAAGGAUGCCGCCGUUCAGGCGUAAAACCUUGGCUUUGGUCGGCCCGAGGGGCGUCGGUCGAAGGACUUUGAAAAACAGACUGAUCAACAGCGACCCUGAGAAAUUCGGCACCAUUGUCCCGUUUACUUCAAGGUCGCCCAGAGUGCUCGAGGAGGAUGGCAAGAGUUACUGGUUUACCGAUCGCGAGUCGAUGGAAACGGACAUCAGAGAACAUCGAUAUCUAGAAUACGGAGAACACAGUGGCCAUUUAUAUGGCACUAAACUGGAUUCCGUGCGAGAACUGAUCAGGGCCGGAAAAAUGUGCGUUUUGGACUGCAGUCCGGCUGCCUUGAAGAUACUUCACAACAGCACGGAAUUCAUGCCCUACGUCAUUUUCAUAGCGGCACCCGGGAUGGAGCAAUUGAAAUGGCUGUACGAUUUGGCAAGAUCGACUGGAACGAGCAAUCGCAACUUGACGUUUGACCGCCAGAGUUCCAUCAGGUACAGCUCGAGAAGAGCCAGAACGCUGGAGUCCCUCGCAUCCCUGUACGAGGAGGACGAUCUGAAGGCCACUUUGGAAGAAUCCGCAGCUCUGCAACGUGCCUAUGAGAAAUAUAUCGACCUAGUAAUUGUUAACGAGGACUACGACGAUACUUUCAGACAAGUGGUCUCCGCGUUAGACGCCUUAGCCACGGAACAUCAAUGGGUUCCCUUGAACUGGAUCUACUAGAUCGAGAAUCUCGAUCAUCAAGUGGUUCCAAACAAUGUACACGGAAUUGCUCGCGGCUUCGAACAUGUUUGUGCAUAACUGUGGAACACGCGAGAUCGACUCCGCUGAUCUUACCGUCACAACCGGUGUUCGUGCAAGCUCGACAUCGAGUGCAUCGUUAUUGCAAUUGUAUUUAUAGCAUUGUACCGCCGUGCAAUACAGCGAUUUUAUGGUCGUAUUAAAUACGUGUAUGUUUGAGUUUCUUUAUAGCGUGUCGUGUAUAUUGUUGAACGUAUAGAUACUUUUAAAUUAAUGACGCACUCGACUAGGGCGAGGAGGAAAACGACGAGUAUGUAUACAUGCAGACGAGCUUUUGUUUCUUCGAACGAACGGAUUACGAUUCUGUUCCCAAGGCGAAAGCUGUUUUGCCCGUUUGCUCUCCUGCCUACGAUCAGAAAAAUACUCCGGGCUACGAACGCCGACGGGAGACGGCGCCGAUGUUUCGCGUCACGACGUCAUUUUUUUACCAAGUACAACCGCGUACCGUUUAUGUUCUCUUAGGUUUUAUAAAAUGAGAUCCGUUCGUCUGCUAAAUUUCCGUACAAAAGACUCGCGCACAGGAAACGAAUCACGGAACGUUCAUGGGAAUGCGAUCGAACGAGUGAAAUAAUAGGGGAAUAACAGGGAAUUAGAAACGCUUCGUCGACACAAUUGUUUUCCCACGCAAAUCAUGCCGAUUUUACAUUCCCAUUUUUAUUGUUCGGAACCGAGAAUAGAGAACGGGUUGCGAUUAAUGUAAGCAUUAGACCGCCGUCCAGUUAAUUUUAGGGUACUACUGCCUAGUUUUAAUCUUUCUUCAACCCGCAUACAUGUAUGUACGUUUCAUUUACAAUUUAUCGUAGAAUCCACUUUGGUUUCUUUUAUAGCGAUACUUAUUAUUGCAUAUACGUAUUAUACAUAAUGUACUUGUACUGCAUCCUGUUUGUACCGCUCGUACACGCUGAACGUAAUUCCUGGCAUAGAGUGCCUUAAUAGCGCAAGCCCUUUAAACGGCUUGCGGCGAAGACCUACUAUGUCGAGACGAGAUAGAUAUUCUCUUAUAACUCGAGUUUUACGUAAGACACGUAUAAUAAUCAUACGGUUUUUCUAAUGCUCUAACGCGUCCGUAUAUGGAAACACAUCCAGUUGCUUUAUAGGCGCCUGGAUGGAAGGUUCGAAUCGUGCGAUGUGACACAAGAAAAAAUAAAGUUUAUCGAGCGUUUGUUA